AUGGCGGCGCGCCUGCCGCUCUGCGUGUUCGCAAAACCUCCACGGCCUGGAAGGGCCAAGACGCGGCUGGCUGCUAGCAUCGGCGAUGAUGCUGCUUGCAGGCUUGCCACAGCUUUUAUCAACGAUUUCAUAUUCAUGGCCUCGAAUCUUAGCUGGGCCUAUCCAGUCUUGGCCACGACGGAAGACGGAAUGGAGCCAUCAAGCUUUCCGCCAGCCGCAUUUCCAUCAGAUGUGCAUCCGGCCAGCGUUCCCCGCUGGCGGCAGCCUGAUGGCGAUCUCGGUGCAAAGUUGGAGGGGAUCGUCCGACAGGGCCUCGAGCUUGCAGAGGCGACCAUCUGCCUUGGGGCCGACAGCCCUGGGCGGCCCGCUCAGCGACUAGAGGAAACGAGGCAAGCCUUGUCGAACGGCUACGAUGCAGUGCUGGGGCCUUCUGAAGACGGAGGGUACGACUUGAUGGCUUUGAAGCGCUGCCCUCCGGGACUGUUGGCUGACUUGCCGUGGAGCCAGCCAACGACCUUCGAAGCCACCAAGAAGCGCUUGGAAGAGCAAGGGCUGCGAGUGGCUGUGCUGUCGAAGUGGUGGGAUGUUGACGAGGCCAUGACUGCGGUACAUCUUUGA